GAGAAGAAAGGGGUGGGGCCCCGGGCGGAGGGGCGGGGCGAGCCCUCCUAGCCGUUAGGUCACGCGCGGCAGGAAGUGGUGCGCCAGGCGGAGUAUUCGCGAUGGGGACCACCCUGGACAUUAAGAUUAAAAGAGCGAACAAGGUUUAUCACGCUGGGGAAAUGCUCUCCGGGGUGGUGGUCAUAUCUGGGAAGGACUCGGUCCAGCACCAGGGCCUCUCCCUGACGGUGGAAGGAACCGUGAACCUGCAGCUCAGUGCCAAGAGCGUGGGGGUGUUCGAAGCCUUCUAUAAUUCCGUGAAGCCCAUCCAGGUCAUCAACAGCACCAUCGAAAUGGUGAAGCCAGGAAAAUUUCCUGGCGGCAAAACAGAAAUUCCUUUCGAGUUUCCGCUGCACGUGAAGAGUAACAGAGUUCUGUACGAGACAUACCAUGGCGUGUUCGUCAACAUCCAGUACACCCUGCGCUGUGACAUGCGGCGGUCCCUGCUGGCCAAGGACUUGACCAAGACCUGCGAGUUCAUCGUCCACUCCGCCCCUCAGAAGGGGAAAUGGACUCCGAGCCCCGUGGACUUCACGAUCACACCUGACACGUUACAGAACGUCAAAGAGAGGGCUUUGCUCCCAAAAUUUCUCAUCAGAGGACAUCUCAACUCAACCAACUGUGUGAUCACACAGCCACUGACGGGAGAGCUGGUGGUGGAGAGCUCGGAGGCUGCCAUCAAAAGCAUCGAGCUGCAGCUGGUGCGCGUGGAGACGUGCGGCUGUGCAGAAGGGUAUGCCCGCGAUGCCACAGAGAUUCAGAACAUUCAGAUCGCCGACGGGGACGUGUGUCGGGGCCUCUCCAUCCCCAUCUACAUGGUCUUUCCCCGGCUGUUCACCUGCCCGACGCUGGAGACCACCAACUUCAAAGUGGAGUUUGAGGUGAACAUCGUGGUGCUGCUUCACCCCGACCACCUCAUCACCGAGAACUUCCCGCUGAAGCUCUGCAGGAUGUAGCCGGGAGCAGGGGACUGCACUGCUAGGGCGGCCCGUGGAAACGCAGUCAUUCCCCCACCCCCCAGGAGCGGAAGCUCCCAGCACGGACCUGCAUUCUCAGUGGUUCUGUAUCCGAAAGAGUCUGACCCUCCUUCCACGUUUCUCUGAAGCCCCUCUCAUCAAAUCUUCCCUUGGAAAUGCGUCAGGAUUUCUUAACGGUCUUGGCAAGAUGGCUUCCCAGAGAGCAGGUGGUCUUCUGCCUCCUGACUAGACCUGCUCCCGUUCACGUUCAGGAAACAGUUAACAGAGGCUGAACUUUGCUGGAGAGCGAGGUCAGGGAUGAGGAAACUUCUCGACGGGCAGUGACUCCCCUCCGCCCCGCCACCGACUCGCCGCUCCGCGCCGUGCCCCGCACCCCCUCAAGGCGGUGGCUUACCGGCUGGCGGCUCAGGACGUUGGCCAUGUCCACCAAGGAGGGCACGGGGGGCGCUCGCCAGGAGUGGGUAGCGGGUUUUCCUCUCUUUUCUACCAUUUUUUCACGAUAACAUCAAACCUUUUAGGGAACCUGGGGAAGAUGUGCUUUGUCUUCCCAGGGGCGAGGGUCUGGUGACUGUGGCUGGCCCUGGGAUAUUCCUCUCAGGACCUGCUCUGACGUGGCCUGCUGCCAUCGUCCCAGAGUCCAUUCCAGUGCGAGGUUAUGUGAGGGGAUCAAGACGCAGGUCCGCGCCGCCAUGGUGGGCUGGGUGCUGAAGGGCAGGACCCCCGGGCAUGAAGACCCCUCCAUGCUGGGUGGGGCCCAGACUCCAAGAACUUGUCUUCUCGUCUGGAGUACCUGUGUUGGGGGUGGGGGUGGGAGUUGGCUGGAAGUCAUUUUCUCCCUCGCCUCCCAUGGGAAUUUUCUCAGUGUAAGGUGGGUCUGUGACAACACAUUUCUUCCUUCAAAUCCUGCCACUGUUUCCGUGGGUCCACGUGAGUUCACCUCAGAAGUGCACACUUCCUGCCCUUCCCCAGCAGCACCCCGCUUGGCAGGCUCUGGCCGAGGGGGGGCUCACAGCCCCCCGUGGUCCUUCCAUUGUCCCAGGCCAGCUCUGGUGACCCCGAUGCUGAGGGCAAACAGACCCGACUCAGGCUCUGCUCUACCCUCCGACUUCACCAGCGCAAUGGAUACAACUUACUCACCGAGUCAUGUAAAAAGGUGUUCCCAGAAAAUACAGUCUAGUUUAUACAUUUCCUUUUAUGUGUGUCCAACAUCAAUAGCGAUCUGACGCUGCCUUUAAACUAGACCAGCAGAAAACAAGAAGUCCACGCUUCUGCGAAGUUUCACAUGUAGAGAUUGUUUCUGAUGGGGGAAUAAAGCUAAAUGAGAGUUUGGAGCAAAGGUUGGGGACGUAAAUUCCUAUUUAAUGUCUUAAGUAAACCGAUGUUACAGACAUAAAUAUGAUACGAUUAUUCUCCCUCAGGGAAUAAUCAUCACCUGAAGAGUUGCCAGCAGCCUGGCCUCCUUUAGCAUUUUGUUCAACCUCGAGGGACCUGGGCAAGGGCCAUUUCCUUGUCCUCCUCGGACGGGCACCUCCACCGUCAAUUGUUACGGAAAACUCGGAUGUUUGGGUGUCUUGGGCAGUGGUCCCACUACUGACCUGGCUGGAGUGUCCUGUGGUCAGGCUCUCCCAUUAGAACAGGGGGAAGCGGAAGUGAAGGGAAGAGACUGUGACCCUAGAUAAGAGUACACUUUUCUUGGAAAAGGCUGGUUAGGCCAGAGGACCUUCAGGCUCUCGGUGCUCCAGCAGAAAUGGGCGCCUGGCUCCAGUUCUCAGCCUUGUGCAUUCCACGGGAAAGGUGGAGAGGUCAAUCAGAAAUAAAACGAUCUUAUUUUAUUUUUUAGAAAUAAAACGUUUUUAAAAAAACCAGA